GCCCUCAUGGGAACUUCCUGUAGCGAUGGCUGCGGCGGUGGCCGGGAUCCUCCGAGGAGGUCUCCCGCCCCGGGCGGCUUGGCUGCCCACCCUCCAGACUGUGCGCCAUGGCUCCAAGGCUGUGACCCGCCACUGGCGAGUCAUGCACUUCCAGCGGCAGAAGCUAAUGGCUAUAACUGAGUAUAUUCCUCCCAAACCUGCCAUCAACCCGAGAUGCCUGCCACCUCCUCCCAAGCCCCCCAAGGAGGAGUCAGGCCUCAUCCGGCUCCUGCGUCAAGAUAUAGUAGCAGUUUUUCGGGACAACCGAAUGAUAGCUGUCUGCCAGAACGUGGCCUUGAGUGCAGAGGAUAAGCUGCUCCUGAGACACCAGCUACGGAAACACAAGAUCUUCAUAAAAGUCUUCCCCAGCCAGGUCCUAAAGCCUUUUCUAGAAGAUUCCAAAUACCAAAAUCUGCUACCCCUUUUUGUUGGACACAACCUGCUGCUGGUCAGUGAGGAGCCCAAGGUCAAGGAAAUGGUGCGGGUCUUAAAGAGCGUUCCUUUCCUGCCACUACUGGGUGGCUGCGUUGAUGACACCAUCCUCAGCAGGCAGGGACUCGUAGACUAUGCCAAGCUGCCCAGCCUGGACCAGCUACAGGGGGAGCUGGUAGGAGGCCUUACUCACCUCACGGCCCAGACCCGCUCCCUGCUUCAGCACCAGCCAGUCCAGCUGACUUCCCUGUUGGAUCAGUAUGUCAAACAGCAAAAUGAGGGAGACUGUGCCACAUCAGCCAAUGGGAAGCUACAUCCUCCUGAUCCUGCUCCAGAUUCCUAGCCGGCCUGUUUUACCCAGCUCUGCCCAUAAACACACUCCGUCCCUGUUGUCUGUCUUCUUGUCUGGCAGAGAUCUAGAAGAAUUUGGAGUGGGGAGUGGCCUUGUGUGACUUGGCUCUCAUUCACAAUGACCUCCUUGGGGACAGGCCUCUUGAUGAUACAGAGAAAUUCCAUUCCAGAGUGAGGCUGCCCAUUGUCCUUGGUUUCACUGAUCGCUGUCUUUAGUUGUUCCAACCAGGGACCGAUAGGAACAGUCUUCUUGUCCUCCCUGCACCAGGCAGAGGAUGGAGACUGUCUUGCCCAGCCUCCUCACCCACUACCCUGUGCUCUGUUCCCAGUCCACCUUCUCAGUGCUCAUGCCACGGUGGACCAGUUAGGCAGACUUGUGAAUGGCACCUGCUGGGUCUUGUGCCAAGCACUCUACCACCAGAUGCAGGUGCCAGCUCCUUUCGUCCUCACCACUCAGGAAACAGCAGAGAAGUUUGAGUUCUGGAUAAGGUCUCGAAUUCAGUUCUCUGAAGCCUCAAAUUCUCAAAGUAGAACUUCUUCAUAAAGUUACCCACGAGUGGGGCCUGGUGGGCUCAGACAUUUAUGUUCCACACUUCAGUGUGCUGGGCUGUCGAAAGAAUAGGGAAACUGCUUUGUGAUAAAAAUAAAAUAAAUUUUACUG